UCUUCCACAAUUCCAUCAACAAUGUCAUUGUACUACGAAGCUUCUGACAUCCUCGCCAAUGCAGAAGCUAAGGGCGGUUCGUUGAAGAAUCGCAUCUUUGGCAAGAAAGAUCUGAAAAGUUCUCCUGGCGCCAUCUUCGCUCUGGUUGCUGAAACCACAAAAUGGAGUUCGGUGCUGAAAGAAGUCAUCGAGAAGAGUGAUAUUUUGAAACUCGAGAAGAAGGGAGUUGCUGCUCCCAAAUCGCAUCCUUUGAAUCUUGCCAUCUCUCGUCACAAGGCUAGACUAAAUGCUGAAUUCACCAAAUGUCGCAUCAAGGGCAGGUUCGCUACCUUAGAUGCCUUUCGCGCUCACAUCAACGCGGCUGCUGCAGAUGAGAGUGCAGAAGCAAGCGCCAAUGGCACCAAAGCUUUCCACCCUCGAUGGGUUCGUGUCAAUGCCGUAAGAACUUCUAUGGCAAAGGCACAAAGCACUUUCUUCGCCGACUUUACCAAGGUCUCAUCAUUGAAGGAGCUCAGUACUACCNCCCGAGGCAUCUACUUCGACGAGCAUAUCCCAGAUCUCGUUGCUAUUCCUCCUUCAAUAGAUCUGUCCAAGCAUGCUGCGUACCAUGCCGGCGAGAUUAUCUUCCAGGACAAGGCCUCGUGCUUCCCCGCCUAUCUUCUGGAUCCUAAGCCUAAGGAUGGUCAAGUGAUCGAUGCAUGUGCAGCACCCGGCAACAAGACGACACAUCUUGCCGGAAUCCUGGCGUCACAAAAGUCAUAUGGUUUGAAAGCCUCCGUCACAGCUUGUGAACGUAACCCCAUCAGAGCUCAAACGCUGGAANAAAUGGUCAAGCUGGCUGGUGCUAACAAAAUCAUCACCGUCAAGGCUUCUCAAGACUUCACGAAACUGGAUCCUCGUUCUCAAGAAUUUGCUGACGUUGGUGCUCUUCUGCUUGACCCCAGCUGUUCAGGUAGUGGUAUCAUCGGUCGUGAUGACACCGCAGUCUUGCACUUGCCGUCACUGCCUUCCUCUACUCCUGCCCCGUCAAGCAAGAAGCGAAAGAGAAAGGCAAGCACAGCUGUCGAGGUCCCGGUACCAGUCGCUAGUGAGCCCAACGAUGAGCUCAGCGAAGAGACUCCACAAGCAGCCGAGCUCGAGAACGACGAGGAGAAACUGAAGACUAGAUUGAACAACCUUGCUGGGUUCCAGCUCAAGAUUGUGCUCCAUGCCUUCGCCUUCCCAGCCGCAACCAAGGUCACAUAUUCAACAUGUUCCAUACACGCUGAGGAGAACGAGAACGUUGUCGUAAGAGCUUUAGCUUCAAAAGUUGCCAAGGAGCGUGGCUGGAAGCUUAUGAAACGUGAGGACCAAGUUGAUGGCAUGAAGAGAUGGGCAAGAAGAGGUGACCCCGAAGCCUCGAAAGAAGCACUCCAAGGCAAGGAAGACCUGAUUGAUGCGAACGUCCUUUCAGAGGCGUGCAUUCGAUGCGAAAGAGGCACUGAUGAAGGAACCAUGGGCUUCUUCGUUGCCGGGUUCGUCAGGGAUCCCGAUGCAGAUCCCAAUGGAGUAGUGGAUCUGGACGGGGCCAGCGAAGGUGAAAAUGGGAAGACGAUGAAGAAUGGGGAGGUUUCGACGACUAAAGCCAUCAUCGCACGAGAAUGCGCCGCUCAAUCUCGUCUUGUCUUACGCCGAAUAGUCUAG